UCCCAAGCAGCGGAGCACCGCUGUGGUGGAGUCCUUGACGGGGACGAGCACCCGGGUAAACACGACAAAACACCGCUGUUUACAUAAAGACAAGCUGAUUCAAACUGGAAGGCUGCAACCAGUCUGGCUGCAGCUGAGCGUUUCCUGCUGUGUUGACAGAGAGGAAGAAGACAGAUCCAGCUGAAGAAGGAAAAGGAGCGUAGACGACUGCUGACUCCAUGUCUUCGCCUUCAAAUAAAAGAUCUGGUUCUGGAUCACGCAAAUUCAACCUGCUGAAGGCCCUGCAGCCUAAGCACCGCUUGCAACAAAUGCUGUCAUCUCCCACUGCGUCCCCCGUUUUUGACUAUUGCAGGUUUAUAGAGCUAGACUACACACCCAUGGAGUCAGGCAUUAUGGUCUCUAUGAGACAGAGCAGAGGAUUUCUGACACCAAAGUCCCCGGAACGCCACUGUCGACGGAGUCCAGCACCUGUCAGUAACCGUGACCCCUAUGGAAAUGCCUCUCUCAGCAGCAGUAGUAAUUCAGGGUCAUGCAAGGGCAGUGAUGGAAGCCCAACCCAUAGGCGUCACAUAAAAUACACCUCCUGCAAUGAUAACCAUGGCAUCCGACCCCCUCCUCCUGAGCAAUAUCUCACCCCACUGCAACAGAAAGAGGUGUGCAUCAGGCACCUGAGAGCACGGCUUAAAGAAACCAUCGAAAGACUGCAGGACAGGGACUCUGAGAUCGAUGAGUUGCGUACUCAGCUGACUCGUAUGCAGGAGGACUGGAUUGAAGAGGAGUGCCACCGUGUGGAGGCCCAGCUGGCUCUGAAGGAGGCCCGCAGGGAGAUUCACCAGCUUAAAGAAGUUGUUGACGUUGUCAAAUCCAGUCUGGGAGAUACUGACACAGGGGUGCAGAAGGGCUUCCAAGAUAUAAACCUCCAGAACCACAAACUGGAGUCUUUAUUGCAAAGCAUGGAGCUGGCUCAGAUCGGUACUACCAAAACAGGAGAAGCCCUAGCAGGUGGAGGAUUGGUGGGGGCAGGGCUGGAGGUCAGCGAGGGGCUGGCGGGGUCUUCCGAAGGCUCCCCAGCUCGCUCGCUUACCCGCAGCUCUACCUACACCAAGUUGAGUGAUCAGGGUGGCCCGGAACAUGAGACUAACGAAAACGGGUGCGACAUUCCAUGUUUGUCAGGCGAGGGCACGCAAGACAGCGGGUUUGUUUGCUGUGGAGAAAGUGGGAGAGGAGCCAGCAAGGCAGAUUUGCUCCUGGAGGCUGCAUUUCUGUCUCAAGAGACAGCCUCGCUGGUCAAUGCGUACUCCCGCCUGCCGCAUUCCUCCACCUAUGAAGGACUGUGCAGCAGUGAGCCGAGAGUUGUGCCACUCCGCUGCAGUGGUAUCGGGACGGGGGCCAGUGUUAGUUUAAGCCAUCCAUGUCUGUCACAUCAUCACUUAUAUCUUCACCACCUUCGUGAGCAAGGCAUUCAAACUGACUAUGACCAUGCCCCAGCCUCUGCUCCAGCCCAUGGUCCUAGUACAUCUUUUAACUCCGAUCUGGACACUAUUGCUGAGCGCACGUUCCGCUCUCAGGCCUGCAGUCCAACCUCUACAUGGAUGUCUGAUGAAGGAGAUGAUCUUGAGUCAGUAGCCACAGAAUCAGCUAUUACAGCAACAGUUGCUACAACCUCUGUUGUCGCAGACUUUUCCACCAAGUCUGCACCAGUCGCAAUGGAGAAUUGGGGACCAGCUACAUCUGAUCCCAAAGGAGCUGCAACUUUUCCAUUGAUGCCCAUUGAGUCCCCUGACAAGGAGACUAGUUUUUCAGAGCCCCUUACAGACUUACCUAUCAGCACAACAGCUUUGACCACAGAGACAAUUGGAUCACCAGUAAGCAACUCAAAUGUUCAACCACAACCUGUAACAGACCCUUUGCCAAACCCUGGCAUGUCCCCUUGCUCUAUGCAGCCCUUGGUGGGGACAGAGGAGGAGUCCCUUCCUCAGACCACUCAGCCUCAUAGUGUACUAACAGAGACUGGGGUUCCAGGGGAUAAUGUAAUAAAUAUAGGUGCAGAUGAUGAAGAUGAGGGGGAUGAAAGUGCAAUGAACACAGAUUCCAAAUCAUCUGGCUGUGGUUUACCAGUCAAGAACUACUGGAGUCGGCACUUCCUAGUGGAUUUGCUUGCAGUGGUCGUGCCGGUGGUUCCCACCGUGGCGUGGUUCUGUCGAGGUCCACACCGUGACGGUCAGCCAAUUUACCAUAUUGGUUCUCUAUUGCGUGGUUGCUGCACCGUGGCCCUACAUUCACUUCGUCGAGGAGGUGGCCUUCGCCACUACCCUGCAGGAGGAGGUGGUCCAGGGGGAAUGAAUAUAUGAAGCAUUCUCUUUCUUGUGAAGCCCUAAAACCAG